AUGAGUAACACUAGGUGGAUGGUCAGCACUCCGUUGCCCGUCCAGGUGGAGCUGGCGCCGGGACCCUUGUCGGAGCUGGUGCAACUCCAUGGAGACUUGAAACUCCGCUCUCCAAGGCUCUUCGACUUUGUGUCCGAGGUGCUGGACCUGCGGUUUCCCUACUUCUCAGAAGACCAGGUGGGUGACAUUGCACGGACCUUCACCACAUUGCAAUACCGCUCAGCGAGCUUUCUGGCGACCCUCCGUCGGGAACUUCCCUUUCGGCUGCACGAGUAUGCUUGGUGGAAUUUGAUUGACAUCGGCGAGAUGUACGUCGUCCUCCAGGUGCAGGAUCGGGAGAUCGCCGAGCGCAUUGCCAAUGAGGUUUACAAGCUGAUCCUCAACAUGAGGUAUAGCUACCCAGCCAAAGCGCUAAGGGUUUUGGCCUUCCUUGAGGUGGGUGACAAGAGGACUCUCCGGCUAUUGGUCAGAAGCGUCCCCCGGAGCAUCUCCUACUUGACCCCGCAGGCCGCAGCGGAAACAAUUGUGGCAUGUGUAAGUUUGGACAUCAAGCCGCAAGAUGUCUUCCACCGGCUCAAGGCUUGGAGGCUCUACUUGGUCCUCAUGAAGAAGCUGAUGCCCAACCUAGGCUCCUUGACGCCAAAGAUGACGUGUGAUGUGGUGGCGGCCUUCGCGAAGGCGGGGCAGAAGGAGUUCCAGUUUGCGCUCCAUGUGGAGGCAGCGGUGGAGCAGCGGCCCUUUAAGUUUCAUGCUGAGCACCUGAUCUCCCUCCUGCGAGACUUCGCCACGCUCCAGCAGCCCUGCCUGAAGCUGCGGCAACAGCUGCUGAAGCGACACCAUGAGUUGCCUGAGUGCACGGUGAGCGGGCUGUGUGCCUUGCCUGAAGCUUUAGCCGGACACCCUGGUGGCGAGAUUCAGGAGGUGGAGCAACAGAUGCUGGAAACUAUGUCGGAGCUGCUGUGCAAACCCGAAGCGUAUCAGCUGCCGAAGGAUGGACGAGUUUUUCGUUCCAAGGAUGAUUUUUGGUGGCAACAAAUGAGGCAGCGGCAUUUCCGUCUGCGUCGCAAGGCCCUGGAAAGGGGCAGUGCGGUGGCGCCAGUACCAGUGGUGAGGGAGGUCGCGGAAGACCUGCAGCUGACGCCUGCGGUGGUCUAUGUGAGUCGAGAGGAAUGUUUGCAAUUGGUCACUGGUUGCGCCAAGAUGGACUGGCAUCAUGAAAAGCUGCUCCAGGGUGCCAGCAGCUGGCUGUGCGAGGGCCGCCGUCAUGCGGAGCUGGAGCCACAUGAGGUUGCGAAGUUCUUGCAGGGCUUCUCAGAUUUGGGCUUCGCACAGCCCUUGCUGCGGGCAUCACUGGAGCACGCCCUUUUGCGGGUGGCUCCUGAGAUGCCGCCAGAUAGCUGCACUUCAGCACUGCAAGGGGCAUUGGAUGUAGGGAUGUCCGUACGCAGCACUGCGGUGCGCUCACUGCUGCGCCGCUGCAGCGCUCGACUUCGGCAACUCUCCGCAGCCGAUGCAGAGCAGCUGCGACAGCUGGCUGCGGUGCUGCUCCAGCAAGCUGAGGCGGAAGUUCUCAGCCAGCACAAGGCGCAGAGGGUUCACUGGGUCGGGGGAGCUGAGAUCAAUCAGAUUCGACCGGAAAGGUCCGAUGAUGAGCCCAAGGAGCGACAUCAGCAUGGGCAGCAUGAGCCCAAGCGAGGCGACCUGGUGCAAGCUGCUCGGAAUGGGACCCUUGAAAUGGUGCGCUCAUUCCUGGCCGAAGCUCAGCCGGGCGAUCUCGAGCGGAAGGGUCGUGGUGGUCGUACUGCACUCCACAACGCAGCACAGAAGGGCCGCGGGCCCGUGGCAGAGCUGCUGUUGGCCGCACGCGCCAACGUGCAUGCCACAGACCAAAGCCUUACCUGUUGGACGCCUUUACAUUUGGCAGCUGCAAAGGGCCACCCCGACGUCGUGCAAAUGCUGCUGAACGCACAUGCUUCGGUGGAUGUGUGGAAUGCACAAGGCCAGACGCCCCUACACGAGGCGGCCAACCAUGGCCAUGCUUCAGUGGUGCAACUUCUACUGGCCGCCCGAGCCUUCGUGGACGUGACCGAUGAUGCCAGCCCAAGGAAGUGCGGCCUCUGCUGGACACCCUUGCACUUUGCCGCAGCCGAAGGUCAUCCAGAGGUGACAGAGAUCCUCUUGCAGGCUAAGGCAUCCAUCAAUGCUGAGGAGAGGUUACAGGGCGAUACUCCGUUGCAUUUGGCAGCAAACGAUCGCCAUGCUGGGAUGGGGAAAGAGGGUUCCGUGGAAGGUCACCACCGAGUGGUGCAGCUGCUUUUGGCUGCUGGAGCAUCCGCAGAUGUGCCGAACCGUCGAGGCCGAACCCCUUGCGACAUUGCACAAAAGAACGGCAAGACCAAAGUUCUUGGAGCACUGCAGCCCGUUCACGUUACUUUAUUAAGUGGACGUUGCGCCAUGUGUGAUCCAUCUCCGGACCGCCAUUUGAAGGACUUGAAAGAAGAGGCUGAGCAACAACUUGGUGUGAAGAUUGGACAGCUCCUGACAAGCUCCGGUGAGAAACCGCCGGACUUUAUGACCUUGGCCCAAGCAAAAAUCAGCUAUGGAGAUCUCCUGCAUGCGGUUGUUGCCCGAGAAGAGGAGGAAGAUGCUGCAUCCAUGCCGGUUUGUGAUGAUUCAGACGUGGAGGCCUCGCUGGCCUCAUCGGAAAGUGACUCCCUCGGUACCAAGCCGCCAACUCAGACCCCACACGGUGCAUACAACUUGCAAGAUCCGCGGCAGCUAGUAGAGCUCCUCAUCAAUGCGAAGAUUGGGUUGAUACGCCUGGAUUACUUGCGUGAACUGCGCCAUCGUGGGGGACAAUUUCCUCGUCGGCAAGAAGCUGACUUGGAAAGGACCACGGCUGGCCAACCAGCCCUGGUACAGAUCGAGGAGUUGCGCAGCCUUGAGUUUGAUGAGUUGGGCAAUGCAACUACCUUUAUCAUGAAGCCGUCGCCACGCAGAGUAACUGUAGUUUUUGAAUCUAUCUCACAUGCUUGGGAGAGUAUGGAACAUCCGGAUCCUUGGGGCUUUCAGCUUCAUUCGAUCACGCAGAUUGAGCGAUCUACAUCUUCCAAUCAGGUAGUGUGGCUCUUCUAUGACUAUACCUCCCUUUAUCAGUAUGGCGAGCGGACGGAGCUACAGGAACAUCUCUUCCGACAAGCACUUGAUCAUAUGCACACCUUGUAUGCGCAUGAAGCAGUCAAGGUUCACAUUCUUGAUGAGCUUACACCAGCCACAUGGAAGCAUCAGGGCUCGAUUCAAGCAUACUCUGAACGAGGACGUGCAGUGCUGGCAAUGUCUAUUGAUCAGCUCAAGCUGAAUACUACGCCCUACAUGCUACGAGGAUGGUGUCAGGCGGAGAUGCAGUGGGCAAGCCUAAGGAUCUCACUGGAAAGAUCAUUCCCUCUGCCGCCAGAGCUGUUCCGGAAAAGGGUGGAUGAAUUAGGCCUCCAAUUCACACAUCAAGACGACAAAGAACUAGUGAUGAAGCUCCAGCAAAAGGUAUUUGAGGAAAAAGUCUUGAGUACUAGACAGCUUGAAGUGGCCGGGAAUCUUAACGAGGAGGCACUUGAAGUCCUUUGUGCGGCCUUGCCUUUUUACAAAGAGCUUGAUGAGAUUGUCGUAAAUGGCAACAGGCUCUCAGGAAGUGCAGCAGUGGCCGUGGUGCGGACCCAAGCGAAGUUCCUGCAGAUGGAGUCGUGUGGGCUGAAGGAUGAAGAUGUGGAGCGUUUGGUGCUGGAAUGGAAGUCUUCCCGAGCAGAGAAGAUCUAUACUUGGCGAACAACGACUUUGGCCACAAGGGUUUUCAAGCUCUGA